AUGUCUCUCCCUGACUCUCCCAACUCCCACACUUCGGUAUAUUCUAUCUCCUCCGGCUCAUCAUACACCCCCGAAAAACCUUCUGCAAGUCGUCCCAAUACCGAACCUCGAGCAAGAAGACGGACGAUCAAUCAUGGCAUCUCUUCUCAUAAUGAAGAACGAGGGAAAAGAAAAACGAUCGAAUCCGACUCUUUGCCCAGUAAUAAAAGCCACACGACAAAAUCGACCACAUGCAUUACUUCACAUCAUGAUGAAGGACGAGGAAAGAGGAAAUCGAGCGUAUUGGUCCAAUCCACCUCCAAGAGGAAGAAAUCGACCAGCUGUAAAUUAUCAAACACACACGAAGGAGAUGAAGAUCUGCAGGAUCUGGAGAAUAAGAGGAGACAUACGAAGGAGUAUCAUGGUGUUAGAGAUGUGAAAGAUAUGCAGAGAGAGGUAUUGGAUUGGUUUGAUCUGGUAAGAUCUUGCCCAGGCGGAUAUCGAGGAAGUAAACGCAGCAUGGCGUGCGUAUUUGACAAUCCUUGGUUCAUACCCUCACACACAGGAGGCUUGGGGUACUAUCGUCGAGCUAGGAGUUUAUUGGCCGGGGCGAAAUCUGUCGUUGCUAAAUUUGAUGGUAAACUUCCAGAAGACCCUCAAGUGUUAGAGAAAGAAGUAGAAGGUGUUGGACGUUAUACAGCCGGAGCUAUCACUUCCAUGGCGUACGGAGUUCGGACACCUAUAGUUGAUGGUAACAUACAUCGUCUUCUCACUCGUCUCCUUGCUGUUCACGCCCCUCAAACCACCCCGGCUACUCUGAAAUUCCUCUGGGCAGCAGCGGAUGAUCUCGUUCAAGGCUUACCUCAAGAAGAAGGUGUGGCUGGAAAUUGGAACCAAGCUUUGAUGGAACUCGGUAGUCAAGUUUGUAAACCUGUCAAUCCGGAUUGUGCGGUUUGUCCAUUGAAAAGUGUUUGUAAUGCAUAUGCCGAACUUUCUUCAACACCGCCAACACCUCGACCUGAUGAGAAAACAUGUACUCUCUGUGUACCCAUACCUGACUCGAAUGGAGGAAAUAUACCCAGUGUGACGAUAUUUCCCAUGCGGAAAGAUAAGAAGGUAUCUAGAGAAGAAGAAGAGGUUGUGAGCAUUGUAGAAUGGUCUGGUUUGGGUGAACGGAGAUGGUUAUUGGUCAAGAGACCAGAGACCGGUCUUCUAGCGGGGUUGUACGAACCCCCUUCUUGUUCCAUACCUCCUGGUUCCAGUGUAGAAGAUCGACAUUCCAUCGCUGUGGAACAUCUUCGUAGUAUCAUCGAUUUGACCGGGACGACAAUGACUCAAGUACCAGUGGACAUAUCUUUGAAGGAUCCAAUGAUGAAAAAUGAGAAUUUGUCAAUGGGAAAGACGGUUGCUCGAGUCUCAGAAGGACACGCGGAAUGUCCAGCGGUGAAAACGUCGGAUAGAUCCGUUCUAUGGUUAGAUGAGAAAGGAGUUGAAGGUGCCAACGUUAGUACUGGAGUGAAGAAAGUCUGGGCGGCGGCAUUUGGUCAAUGGGGUUGUUUCUCUUCUUCUGGUCCCGAGACACAAAGUGGAAAGAGGAAGAAAGUGAAGUCGAAGAUUGGAACGAAGAGGGAUGAGAUGAUUUCAAAGGAGAAGGUGAAGAUUGUGAGAAAAGUCAUGAUGCCUCUUAUGCCCAAAGAAGUAUGA